AUGUUUCGUGGCACAGCCGCUGCGAGGGCAGGGAGCCCCAAGCUGAAUCCCUUUCUGAGGCACGUUGAAAUGCUGGCAGCCGAUGGCGGAGAGGCAAAGUACUUCAAAUUGCAUGAAAUUGAUCCCAGGUAUGAGACCCUGCCAUUUUCCAUUCGCGUGCUUCUUGAGUCGGCAGUACGUAACUGUGAUGAAUUUGACAUCACUUCGAAGACGGUGGACAACAUAUUCAACUGGAGGGAAAGCUGCCAGAAGAACAUUGAAAUUCCCUUCAAACCGGCUCGUGUCGUGUUGCAGGAUUUUACUGGCGUUCCAUGCGUGGUGGACUUGGCCGCUAUGCGAGAUGCAACAAGGCGCUUGGGCGGAGAUAUAAAUAAGAUUAAUCCCCAAAUCCCUGUGGACCUUGUUGUGGACCACUCGGUGCAGGUGGACAAGGCUGGUGUCGCCAACGCGGUGAAGGCAAACCAAGACAUGGAGAUGUAUCGCAAUCGUGAACGCUUUGAGUUCCUUAAAUGGGGUUCAAAGGCCUUUGACAACCUCUUGAUUGUUCCUCCCGGCUCUGGUAUUGUUCACCAGGUUAACCUCGAGUACCUUGCCCGUGUGGUGUUUAACCACGAGGGUUUGCUCUACCCAGACUCUGUUGUCGGCACAGAUUCGCACACCACGAUGGUGAAUGGCGUCGGUGUCAUUGGAUGGGGUGUUGGUGGCAUUGAGGCAGAAGCCGGCAUGUUGGGCCAAUCGCUCUCUAUGGUGCUGCCGCAGGUUGUGGGGUACCGCUUUACUGGAAAGUUGUCCGAGGGAUGCACGGCGACCGAUCUUGUGCUUACCGUCGUGAAGAACCUUCGCAAGUUGGGCGUGGUGGGUAAGUUUGUGGAGUUCUACGGACCUGGUGUUGACGGCCUCUCCCUGCCUGACCGCGCAACGCUGGCAAACAUGGCCCCAGAGUACGGUGCGACCACUGGCUUCUUCCCAAUUGACGGAGAAACGAUUAAUUACCUACGAUGCACGAGUCGCAGCGUGGAACACUUGGAUCGCAUUGAGGCGUACGCCAAGGCCGUUAAAAUGUUCCGCACAGGUGAAGAAAAGAUUGAGUAUUCGCAGCAACUUGAACUGGAUCUUUCUACUGUGGAACCCGGUGUUGCUGGUCCUAAGCGUCCCCAAGAUCAUGUGCCACUAAAGCAUAUGAAAGAGGACUUUACGGCUUGCCUCCAGUCCAAGACGGGUUUCAAAGGCUUUGGUGUUCCCGCAAACGAGUUGGGGAAGACAAAGAAGUACACCGUGGACGGGAAGGAGGCAGAGAUGCAUCACGGCAGCGUUGUGCUCGCGGCCAUCACCUCAUGCACCAAUACAUCCAACCCUAAUGUGCUUGUCGCUGCUGGAUUGCUGGCGAAGAAGGCCCUUGAAAAGGGGCUGGCGGUGCCUCCAGGAAUCAAAACUUCAUUGUCCCCCGGUUCGCACGUCGUGACAAAGUAUCUGGAGGCCUCUGGUUUACAGGCCUCGUUGGAUGCCUUGGGCUUCAACACGACUGGGUACGGUUGCAUGACCUGUAUCGGCAAUUCUGGCGAACUUGACGCGGAGGUCGCCAAGUGCAUCAGCGAAAACCAUUUUGUGGCAGCCGCCGUAUUGUCUGGCAACCGCAACUUUGAGGCGCGCAUCCACCCACUGACAUCCGCAACUUACUUGGCCUCACCACCCCUUGUUGUGGCUUAUGCUUUGGCAGGGCGAGUUGAUAUUGAUUUUGAGAAGGAGCCUAUUGCAAACGGCGUGUUCUUGCGGGAUAUUUGGCCCAAGGACGAAGAAGUGCAUGAUGUCGUAAGCCGCCACGUUACACCAGAGCUGUUUAAGUCGGUCUAUGCGCAUAUUACGGACCUCAACGAGCAGUGGAAUGCGCUCGAGGUGAAGGAAGGUAAGCUGUAUGAUUGGCAACCCAAUUCAACGUACAUUCACCACCCGCCCUAUUUUGAAAACAUGACCAUGGAAACUGCCUCCACCACAGUGAUUAAGGACGCGGCAUGUUUGGCCUACUUUGGUGACUCCAUUACAACAGAUCAUAUCUCACCUGCGGGCAACAUUGCCAAGGACUCUCCGGCGGCUAAAUUUCUCCAGGAGAAGGGAGUGGAGAGGAAGGACUUCAACACGUACGGGUCACGUCGCGGUAACGACCUUGUAAUGGUGCGAGGGACAUUUGCAAACACACGCCUUGGGAAUCGGCUUGUUGGUGAAGGUCAGACAGGUCCUUUUACUAUCCAUUUUCCAACCAAUGAAAAAAUGUACAUUUUCGAUGCAGCCAUGAAGUAUAAGGCGGAGAACAUUCCUCUCGUGAUUCUUGCAGGGAAGGAGUACGGCAGUGGAUCCUCGCGUGAUUGGGCAGCCAAGGGUCCUUCCAUGCAGGGUGUCAAGGUUGUCAUCGCGGAGAGCUUUGAGCGUAUCCACCGUUCUAACCUUGUUGGUAUGGGCAUUGUGCCGCUCCAGUUUAAGGAGGGUGAGAGUGCGCAGUCUCUUGGCCUUACGGGCAAGGAAAGGUACUCGUUUGAUUUCUCUGCCGGAUUUCGCCCUGGCCAAGAAGUGACUGUGCGGAAGGAUGAUGGUUCGUCGUUCAACACCAAACUGCGUGUUGAUACCGAAAUGGAGGUCAAGUAUAUGGAGAACGGAGGUAUUCUGCAGUACGUUCUCCGCGAAAAAGUCCGUGGUGGCUUGUAA